AGUCCAAGAAGGCAGCAUAUGUCUACCGGGUGGUGCUGUGAUAUUGAGAGGUCAUACAUUUUCAGAAAACGGAAAAAUUAGAGCACUUGUGUUUACCUAGUGGAGCUGCACAUUUCGGUCUCAUUUUGUGUGAGUGAAGAAAGCCAGGAUGUCAGAAGAGGUGUCCCACAACAUAAACAUUAAGGAGCCAAGAUGGGACCAAGGCACAUUCAUGGGGCGUGCCAAGCACUUCUUCAUGAUCACAGAUCCCAGGACAGUUCUGCUGUCCUCGAAGGCACUGGAGGAGGCCAGAGUGAUCGUGGAGAACUACAGAGCUGGGAUUGUGAAGCCUGGUCUGACGGAGGAUGAACUCUGGAGAGCCAAGUACGUCUAUGACUCUGCCUUCCACCCUGACACUGGGGAGAAGAUGUUUGUGAUUGGCCGGAUGUCUGCUCAGGUGCCAAUGAACAUGUCCAUCACAGGCUGCAUGCUCACCUUCUACAGGACUACUCCAGCAGUGGUGUUCUGGCAGUGGGUUAACCAGUCUUUUAAUGCUAUCGUCAACUACACCAACCGCAGUGGAGACGCCCCCAUCACUGUGAACCAGCUCGGAGCAGCCUACGUCAGUGCUACAACUGGAGCUGUAGUCACAGCACUGGGACUCAAAACUCUAGCUACGCGUCUCCCUCCAAUCAUCAGCCGGUUUGUCCCUUUUGCUGCCGUUGCUGCUGCUAACUGUAUCAACAUUCCCUUCAUGAGGCAAAGGGAGUUGAAAUAUGGUAUCCCUGUGACAGAUGAGAAUGGAAACAGGUUAGGAGAGUCUCCAAAUGCUGCCAAACAGGCCAUCGUGCAGGUAGUGGUGUCAAGGAUUGGCAUGGCAAUGCCUGCAAUGGCAAUUCCUCCUAUCAUAAUGAAUGCUCUGGAGCAGAGAGCUUUCAUGAAGCGAUUCCCAAUUCUUAAUGCUCCAGUCCAGGUGGGACUUGUCGGUUUGUGCCUGGUGUUUGCAACUCCUCUGUGCUGUGCCCUGUUCCCUCAGAAAAGCUCUAUGAGUGUGAGCAGGCUGGAAGCAGAUCUGCAAGAAAGAAUACGAAAGACCAGCCCUCACAUCACCACCGUCUACUUCAACAAGGGCCUGUAGGAGCAGCCAGCACAUCUCCAUUCAUGUGUACACACACAAACACACACACACAAAAUGCUAUGGGUUCAAGGGGGGUGGGGGGGUUAAACA